AUGCAUGCAUAGUUUCUGUUUUAAACAUCUAAUCGUUGACGAUUGAACUUGAAAAUUUAACACAUUUGCAUUAUUUCUGCAUAACAACAGAUUUUUCCGUGAUAAAAUUCUUCCAUCAGAUGUGACUCAAUUUUUGGGCUUGAAAAAUCAAUCCUUGACUAAUUUAUGCCAGAAAAGUAUACCAUUCUCGGCUUCAGUUUCAUGCUUCCACCUUUGUGGCUUUGACUCUUACCAGUAUAAUUCCUGGAGAGAGACAGAGAGGGAGGCGGAGAGAGACAGAGAGAUUUGGAUAUGGCGAUGGGGAUUUCAAUGCCCUUUGUGGGAAUGGUGAUGGUGAUUCUUGCUCAGGUGACUAGUUUGAUACUAAACAAGGAAGCCAUGGCCAGCGGACUGAGUGAAUAUGUUCUUGCUGUCUACUCUUUUGCUCUAGCCGCUCUCAUUCUUCUCCCUUUUUGCUUCUUCUUCAACAGAUCAGAGCGUCCCCCACUCAGCUUCUCCAUCAUCUUGAGAUUAUUCUUACUCAGCCUUAUUGGAUCUUCUGGACUGUUAAUGGGACUUGCUGGUUUAAACUAUGCUUCUGCUACACUAAACACAGCCAUGCUUAAUCUCAUUCCAGCCUUUACAUUCAUACUUGCCUUACUGUUCAGGAUGGAAAAGCUAAAUUGGAAGAGCUCAAGCAGCCAAGCUAAAACUAUAGGAACUGUAGUGUCAAUUACAGGGGCAUUUGUUGUGACCUUCUACAAGGGCCCUGCAGUCGUACACGCACGCUUGUCCUCUGCUGGGACUGGCCUAUUCAGUAAUCUAUUUCUCUUCUCAGAAAAAUCACAUUGGGUCCUUGGAGGGCUACUUCUAGCAGCUGACUCCUUCUCGACCUCAUUAUGGUUUAUUGUGCAGGCCUCAAUUCUUAAGAAGUACCCUGCAGUGCUGAUCACAGUCUUCUUUUACUGCUUCUUUGUCUGCAUACAAUGUGCAUUAGUCUCACUGAUACUUGUACAAGACCUAAGUGCUUGGAGGCUAAAAUCUAAUAUUGCAUUGCUUGCAGUUUUAUACUAUGGGAUUGUUGGGAUUUCAUUUCGUACCAACAUGUGUACAUGGUGCCUGCAGAGAACAGGACCUGUGUAUGUUUCUAUGUUCAAGCCCCUUGCCGUGGUUUUCGCAGAUGUCAUCGAUGUAAUUUUUCUGGGACAAGCUCUCUAUCUUGGAAGCUUGAUUGGAGCAGCUGUAAUUAUCUCUGGUCUUUAUGUUGUGAUAUGGGGAAAGGCCAGAGAAGAGAAGUUGCAUGAAAACAGUGGAGAAGGGCAGAAUUGCUUAGAAUCAUCCACUGAAAGGGUUCCCCUGCUGUAAAAUGUGACACAGAAUUGCCUUGUGUAAAUAUUAUGGUCUUAAUGUGUUCAGUAUAGAAUCAGUGCUGUCAUUUCUUUAAAAAUUGAAAACAAGAAAUGGCAGAAAAGUGAGAUCAUUGUCAUUUCUUUAUCUGAUUUUUUUAUCUGCAGACAUGGGUUAUUAGGGACUAACCUGCAGUGUUAAUGGUAACAACAAUUUGUGGCAUCUUUGUCACCAUCCAAUAUGCUUCACUUUCUCAGAUUACUGUCAAAGGACUAAAUGCAUGGAGGCUAAAGUCUGAUAUUGAGUUCAUAGGUAUUGGGUAUAAUGUGAGGGAAGAUCUGUUUCAACAUUAUUGGCUUAAUUUUCUUUUGAUUUUCAACCAAAACUCAUAUGUG